AUGCCGCAGUCGAGCCCAUUUUCCUCCAGAAAAACUCCCAAGGGCUCUAAAACUACACCACGACCCUCGACACCUGAAUAUAAUAACCGGAAACACCUCAAUAUGUCUCCCAAGGCCGUCGUGCAGGCGAAGAAGAUGGUCAACUCCCGCAAUGGCGGAACUGCUGCAUUUGAGCGAAAAAGGCGAGCAUCUUCCUCGUCGGUCUCUAGUGUCUCUUCCGUAUCUUCCCUUGAGGAGCUGAGCGAGGAGGCCGAUGAUUCGGAAGAUGAUGCUGAUGACGAAGAAGACCGGCCGCUGGCGCAGGCCCGGUCAUUUGGCCGUCGAUGGAAUAACUCCCGCAAGGCAGGCCGACAAGCUGCCAAAGCGGGGAAAAGAAUACGGGUUUCCGAGGAUGAAGAUUCCGAAAACAUCAUGAGCAGUGACAGCGAAUCAGAAGAAAGCUCAGAUGAUGUCUACGCUGCGGUGGACUACAUCACCGAUGCCGAAGACGAAGAACAAGAUGUUGAAAAAUUGGAAGAGAUGAUGAUCAUGCAAUCUGAAAGAGAUCAUCGGAUUCUGCCUACUUCAGAAACCUCUCAUGACCAAUGGCACGGUGCUGAGAUAUUCGGAGACUCGAUGUUUCUCCCUGCUGCUUCCUUUUUUGAUGAGGAGCAGAUUUACAGUGCCAUGGACACCUUUGGUGAACCCGAAAUUGCCAGCGAGCCGGUGGAAACCUCCGUAGCUCGCCGUGUCCAUUUUGAGGAGCGAUCCGACUCCUCUUCUGACAGCGACUCCCACACCGAGGAUGAAAUCCCAAGUGAUUUCCUCCAGCAAGAUUCCUUGGACCCUCAGCUGCGUCGCAUGAUUGAAAGCGACAAUGACCACCAUCGCAGCCAUCGUCGCCAGUCUGAAGAGAUGUUUGGUGAUGCUGACUAUGGCCAUGGCAAUAUUUACCAUGUCGAGUCCGAGGGAACAUCCGAGGGUAGCUUGAGUGGUUAUGAGACCGAUCAUGGCGAUACAACAGAUGAGGACCUUCCUCCUCCAGCCACCAUUACUCACCCUCGCUCCCUUCUUCGUCGGGACUCAACUGACUCAUUGGUCGCUACCGAUGAUAAGAGCGAUGUCAUGCCCCGCCGUCGUGGCCCAAUCAUGGGCACGUUCGUAGCGGACCCCCACAAGCCUGUAGCCUUGGUAGACUGCACCGGAAAGCAUCUUGUCAUCAUCCCUGCCUAUGCUUCCUCCCGUCACGAUUGGUUGGAUUCUGCGGCCAACAGCAUGCCCGGCACUGCCAACAACAGUCCUCGCCAGACUACUCUGCAGCUUGUUGACGAGAGUGAUACGGAUGCUCUCGCAUCUCCCAACCAGAUCGACUUCAGCCCCAUGCUGGCCUCGAGCGCUAAUCUCAUGAUGACGGCCCUCGGAAACGACCUUGCUCCUGGGGGUCAGGUCAUGGGCCCUCCUGAAGCAUUUUACCCCUCUCGCGACUUUGCAAUUGAUAGCUCUUUUGAAGAGGAUGAUGAGGACGACCCAGAGUCUGCUCUCAAUGUAGACGACUUUAUCGAUUUUGGCAAUGGAUCCUCUGAUGAAGACGAUAUGGGUAAUCUCGAUGAAGACGCACUCAUCUCGCCUAUGACUGGUGGAUCUUCAUUGCCGAACAUGGGCACCCCAACACCAAAGCGUAACUCGGACGUCCAGCAAGACAGUCAAUCCGAACGCUUCCUCGAGCACCUUGACAAAGGCAUUGUCACUGCCUUCCGUCGCAAUCACAACCGAUACCAAGCCCUUCUCCGUCUUCCCCAGCAUCGCGAAUUCAUGCCCGCUAACUCCCCCGCGCGGCCCGCCAGCGUCUUCCGACACGCUAAACACACUGACCAGCGCACCCCCACCCGGAAGCGCAAAGCGAGUGGCUACACAGGCGGCGAGGCUGUGCGUCGCAAGCUUAUGGAUGCGCAACGCCGUACCCAAGUUCCUCUCUAG